AUGCCAUUGUCGAUCCUCUCUCUUAGAGGAAUUCCUUAUUGUAUAGGUCUUCGAGAAGAUCAUACAGCUUUCGUGCAAAGCUAUGAUUUUUCCAAAGAAAGGUUUCAGCCAAUAGAUGACCUGCCAUUCAGCUAUAAUGAGUUGAAUCCUAUGGCAAUAGAGGUUUAUAAAGGAGAUAGGCUUUCAGUGUUGGAGAAAUGUCACAAAACAAGGAAGAUAUGCAUAUGGGUGAAGCAUUGGCUUAUGCUUACUUCUUGGAGCAAAUUGUUGGUCGUGGACAUACCAGAGUUUCCGUUGUUAUAUCCACGUCCCAGUCUCCUUUCGACGAAUUAUUAUUUCGACAAAAACGAUAGACUCGUCAUAACUCGUAAGCACAUUGGCAUGAAGGGAGUAUCUAUUAUCAGAGUUAUUAACGACAAGGAGUUCCAACUAAUUGAAGCUAAUGCAUCGGGAACUCGUUUCCCUUUUUUAUAUAGCUACGUUCCUAGCUUUGUUAGGCUUCCAGGGUUUUCGAAGCAAGACACAAGUCAGAUUCGCUGGAGAAAACGUAGAUUCAACUAG